AUGGAUGCCAAGCAGGCAUCCAUAAAAAAGACAAAGAGUGGCAAAGAGCGCAGGCAAAUAUACGGCGACUUGAGGGAGCUUCGAAAGGAAUACAGAGAAAGAGAACGCAAGUGCGUUAGCAAUCUAGUAGGAGGAAGCAAGGUGGUGCUGGCUACGCUUCACGGAGCUGGCGGUCACCAGCUACGCAACGAAAAGUUUGACGUUGUGAUUAUUGACGAAGCAAGCCAAGCGCUCGAGGCACAGUGCUGGGUGCCAUUGCUGUCAGCCAACAAGGCCGUAUGUGCCGGCGAUCACCUGCAGCUGCCUCCGACGAUCAAAUCCAGCAACUCCAAGACGGCUCUCAAGCUCAAGGACCUCGCAGAGGCGAAGCCGAUUAAGGGUCUGACACUCGAGACGACGCUCUUUGAUAGACUGCUGGCACUCCACGGACCAUCGAUCAAGCGAAUGCUCACAACGCAAUACCGAAUGCAUGAGAAAAUCAUGCGCUUCCCUUCCGACGAGCUCUACGAGUCAAAGCUAGUUGCUGCUGACGCAGUCAAGGCGAGGCUUCUCAAGGAGCUAGAAUACGACGUGGAGGAUAGCGAGGAUACGAACGAGCCGCUCAUCUUCAUUGAUACGCAAGGCGGUGAUUUCCCCGAGCGCAGCGAAGAAGAGGAUGCCGAUAAUCCGAAAAAGGGCAAGGCCAGUCUACAUAGUGACAGCAAAAGCAACGAAAUGGAAGCAGCUCUGGUGCAGCAGCAUGUAGCGAUACUAGUGGAGGCUGGGGUGCGAGCAGAAGACAUUGCGGUGGUGACGCCGUACAAUGCGCAGCUGGCUGUUCUUGCGCCGCUCAAGGAAAGGUUCCCAGGAAUCGAGCUCGGCAGUGUCGAUGGCUUCCAGGGUCGCGAGAAGGAAGCCGUCAUUGUGAGCUUGGUACGAAGUAACUCCGAGGGUGAGGUGGGUUUCUUGGGCGAAAAGAGACGGCUGAACGUGGCCAUGACUCGACCGAAGAGGUCCCUGACGGUAAUUGGAGAUUCGGAAACAGUAAAGAGGGGCAGUUCAUUCCUAAAAAGAUGGAUGGACUAUUUAGAGGACAAUGCCGAUCUGCGGUACCCCGACCUAUCCUCGCUAAACACGAGCCGGUAA